CGCAGCCGCUGUCCAGCCCGCUCUCUCCGUGCCCCGAAGCCACGCCGCGCUCUCCUCGCCUCCAGCCGCAGGAGGGAAAAGGGCUGAGUGGAGCAUCAGCCGCUGCUCGCCAUGGAUGCUCACCGGGCCCUGCUCUCGGCAGUCUUCCUCAUCAGUUUCCUGUGGGAUUUACCCGGUUUCCAGCAGGCUUCUAUCUCAUCCUCCACCUCCACCUCGUCCUCUUCGUCCUCGUCCUCGUCCGCCGAGCUGGGCUCAGCCAAGGGCAUGAGGAGCCGCAAGGAAGGGAAGAUGUCCCGGGCACCGCGAGAAAGCGCCGCGGGCCAGGGGAACCCGGAGCAGGCGGACGAGCCUCCGCGGCAGGAGCGUCCGCAGCCUGCACGCCAGGAGCCGCAGCCCGAGCAGCCCAGUUCCCAGCAGCGGCAGUCCGAGACUCACGGGCAGCUGGGCAGGAGUCCCCGGGUGGUGCCCCAUGAGUACAUGCUGUCCAUUUACAGGACCUAUUCCAUCGCAGAAAAACUGGGGAUCAAUGCCAGCUUCUUCCAAUCCUCCAAGGCUGCCAAUACUAUCACUAGUUUUGUAGACAAGGGACGAGCUUUGAGGCGGAUAUAGCAAAACUCUGACGGACUGGAGCUAGCGACUGGAAGUGCC